AUGAAACUGUCCGGAUUACUUGUGCUCGUAACGAGUUGCUGCACUUUGGCAGCCAUCGUUCCUAAAAGGGUGGCGGCACCAUAUCUGUUCGACAAAUUACGCCGUACCUCUUUCGCGAGUGUCGCCAAUCCCCACAGCACAGCAAACAUAACGGAGGAGUUCUUUACAACGGCGGUCGAUCACUUUAACCAUCAACAUCAAGCAACCUGGAACAACCGGUACCUAUCGAUGAUGGACCAUUUCGUCCCGACCGGACCGGUGCUGAUCUUCCUGGCCGGUGAUGUGCCUGUGGCUGGUUCGAUGAUUGACGAGAGCACAUUGAUAAACGAGAUGGCCCGCGAUCUAGGGGGUGCGGUGUUUGCUUUGGAAACGCGAUUCUAUGGAGAGAGUCUCCCUACGGAAGAUUUGAGCGUGGAUAAUCUGCGGCUCCUCAAUACCGAUCAAAUCCUAGCAGAUGUGGCCGACUUUGUAGUUCAUCUGCGGCGCACGGUGAUCGGUAACCCGUUCGCCCACGUCCUAGUGGUUGGCACGGGUCUUGGCGGAGGGCUUGCAACCUGGUUUCGAGUACGUUAUCCCCACCUAACAGAUGCCGCGUGGUCCUCGAGUGGAUACGUAAACGCCGUGUACGACUUCCAAGACUUUUCGUCCAGUUGGGCAAACACGGCCAUUGAAUUCGGUAGCCAAGAGUGCUACAAUCGGAUCUUCAUUGCAUUCCACGUGGCCCAGAAUCUGAUCGACGCCGGUUUCGCACGGUUGAUGUACGAGAAGUUUAAUAUUUGCGAACCCAUAGACGGCGACGACCGCAUUCACGUGGCGUACUUCUUCAGCGUGUUGAUGACGUCGGUCGAAGUGUACACGCUGCGCAGUGGAAACCUCGCGGACUUUACGACGGUUUGCCAGGAAAUUACCGACGACACUUUUCCUACAUCACUGGACGCCUACGCGUACUGGUUCAACAAACGCUUCGACGAAGAUAUUGGUUGCGUAAUCGUGGACCUAGACACCGUUGCUGAAUCGUUCCGGGAUGUUUCCCCCACGGAUGAAAUCAACGCGUCCGGUGCACGCCAGUUCCUCUACCAGCAGUGCACUGAGUUUGGGUGGUUCUUUACGACGGACUCCGACCUGCAACCUUUCGGCGAGCGUAUCCAGAUGGAGCUGUACUACGAGCUGUGCCGGCGGGUGUUUGGCGAUUGGGUUACACCGGAGGUUAUGUACUGGGCGACGGACAGGACGAACAAUCGUUUCGGUGGCAGCUCACCCAAUGUCAUGCAGGUGCACUUCACUAACGGGGCACAGGAUCCGUGGCGAUACACUAGCGUGGUGGACGACCUGAAUGUAUACGCACAGGCCGAUGUAAUUCCUAGAGAGCUUGCUGGUUCAGAUUUGGGGGCCAUUUCUGAAGAGAAUGACUCCGCUGAGCUGUUGGACGUCAAACGACGGCUGAAGGAGAUAUUAGCAGGGUAUCUGUUUCCCUUUAAUCCAAGAAGGAGUGAAUUGUGA